UACGAAUAUCUAAUUACUUCCCACCAUUUAGGCGCUUGUUGUCUUGGUGCAUGACAUGGGCCCUAACUGGGAGCUAAUUAGUGAUGCAGUGAAUAGCACUCUUAAAAUCAAGUGUAUAUAUCGUAAUCCGACUGAGUGCAAGGAGCGGCAUAAGAUUCUGAUGGACAAGACUGCCAGUGAUGGGGCUGAUAGUGCUGAAGACUCGGGGACUUCACAGUCUUAUCCAUCCACUUUACCUGGCAUACCGAAGGGAAGUGCAAGACAGUUGUUUCAGCGACUGCAAGGGCCAAUGGAGGAAGAUACCCUGAAGUCCCAUUUUGAGAAAAUUUGUUUAAUUGGGAAGAAGUUACACUGUAGAAAGACACAGAAUGAUGGUCGUGAUCCGAAGCAGAUAGUACCAGUUCACAAUUCACAAGUCAUGGCUCUUUCUCAAGUAUUCCCGAAUAAUUUGAAUGGAGGUGUUCUAACGCCCCUUGAUCUCUGUGAUGCGUCAACUUCAGGUCAAGAUUUAUUUUCACUUGAAAGUCCAGGUUCACAUCCGGGUCUUCCAAUGUCGAAUCAAGGGACGCCAGUGCUCCCUACUUCUGGAGCCACUCCAUCCACUUCGGGAUCAUCUGGUGUGGUUCCGGGUAACAAUUUACCAACCACACCUGGUCUACACAGUACUUCUGCAAGGGAUGGUAGAUUCAACGUUCCUAGAGGGUCUUUACCACUUGAUGAACAACACCGACUCCAACGACAUAAUCAGAUGUCAUCGGGUAAAAACCUGCAGCAGAAUUCUAUAUCAACUCAUGGAGCUGUCUCAGGAUUGGGACAUCGCGUGGUUCCUGGUGUAAACAACACCACGGGCGUAAGUGGAACGAACAGGGGCACACCCGUGUCGAGUGGCUUUCAAGGGAUGGGCUCACCAGCAAUGCCAAAUAAUGUUAGCAUGCUGUCCUCUGGUAUGGUGGGAAUUCCAAACUCUGGAAGAGGAGCUUCUCAAGGAAACUCCAUGCUCAGGCCUCCUCGUGAAGCCGUUCAGCAUAUGAUGCGGGCUGCUCAAGGGAACAGUCAAGGGAUCCCAGCUUUUGGUAGUUUGAGUUCUGGAUUUACCAACAACCAGACAACUUCUGUUCAGUCGUUCCCAGGCCAUGUUUCCCAGCAGCAUCAGAUGCCACAGCAGUCGCAUGUACUUGGCAACUCGCAUAAUCCUCAGCUCCAGAGCCCAAACCUAAGUCAUGCCACUGGGGCACAGCAAGACGGAUUUGCCCUCCGUCAAAGGCAAAUGCACCAGAGGUAUAUACAGCAACAGCAGCAGCUCGCAGCAUCUAACACCACUGUGCCACAUGGACAACAACCUCAGGGAACUUCUGUUUCUCCUCCUCCACAAAAAAGUCCUCAGCCUCAACCACCUGUUUCGUCUCAGCCCUUACCAGUGCCCUUAAUGUCGACCUCUCCUAAUAUUAGUGCUAUGGCACAACAGAACCCUCAAAAGUCUCAGUUGCUUCUUCAUGGUCUUGGUAGGAAUCCUCACUCUGCUGCUCCUGGAGUGAACAAUCAAGCUGGAAGACAACGGCAGCGGCAACUCCAGCAGCAAUCUGGAAGACAACAUCCACACCAGCGACAGCCAACGCAAGGUCAGCAGCCGAGUAAACAAUCAAAGGGGAUGGGUAGAGGAAACAUGAUCCAUCAGAACAUCACUGUUGAGCAGUCACACCUGAAUGGUCUCACCAUGCCCCCAGCAAAUCAGGCUACCGAAAAAGGAGAGGCAGUGGUUCCAGUUAGGCCUGAUCAGCAACGGCCCAAAGCAUUUCCUGGAGCUACAUCUCCGUCCCAACAACAACAACAGGUACAGUUACCUUCAGACGAUUGCAUUCAAGGCCAGAGCUCAUCUGCGGCCUCAUGUAACGUCUUAUCGACGUCUAGCCCGUCAGUUUCACCAGCAGUUGCACCUUCCAACCAUCAGCAUUUAUUACUACACCAAAAGCAGCGCAAUCAGGUGCAGCCAACAGCUCAGCGAAUUGUUCAUCAGAAUCAUCUAGGUAAGUCUGAAUUAGCAACGAAGUCCCAAGCUGAAUUUGUGGCACGUGUUCCGCAGUCUGUCACCAGUACCACACAAACAGCUAGUGGAAUAAGUACGAGCAAGGGUAUGCCUCAAGUGAGUAAUGAUUCGAAAAAAGUUAAAGCAGUUGGUUCUAUUGCUAUGCCUUCUCCAAUUGCAUCGGAUCCUCCAUCAAAUGCCGCCUCUGUGCAAAGCGCUGCUCCUAAAGUAGCAAACAGUUCUAAUACAGAUUCAGCUUGUAGUAAUCCGGUAACAACACCAAACGAAGGACUAGCGCAGAAGCAUUUGCCUGCUGGCGUACCUUGUCAGGAGCUCAAGGGCGUGAUACAGAGACAACCAUCCCUACCUUCAGUGGAACAGAGACGACCAAAGUUGCCAGAGCAGCUGACUGUACAACAUCAGAAACAUCUUGCUUCUGAUCAUCAGCCUCCUCAACUGGAAGAAGCACAAAAACUACCAUCUCCCAAGCCCCCUGACACAAAAGUGGAAUGAGAGGCACAUCAGAUGAAACCUAGAACCUCUGAGUAGUUGUAAAUCCUGCAAAGGGUUAUGCUGGCCCUGUGCAGUUACUCAAAAACUGGUUUGUACAGAGUCGGGGUCUUCGCUUUGUGGCAUUAAACAUCAUCAAGUGGGUGGUCUUUGGAUAUGGCUGAGAUGGUGUAUAACUUAAACAUUGGUUUUUUUCCAGCCAAAGUAAAUUGUAAACUCUGCAGGUUUGAGUUUGCAUAUUGGAUGGGGGCAGAGGAAGAUAAACGGAGAAAGAAGGUGGAUAGAUAGAUUCAUGAUGGUCUUUUUGACAUCUAUGUAAAUUACCGCUGCAUCAUAGAGAGAAGUCAUCUCAUGGUUUGGGAGAGUAGAAACAGUUUAUAAUGUUUUGUAUAGAAGUCUGCUCUUCCACUCCUUUUUCUUUGUUUCCUCAUCAUGUGGCAUAUAUUUAGGGCCCUUAGUAGCCUUUUCUUUUUGUUUGUUCCUUUCUAAUUUCGACUCUUGUGAGGGCUAGGUUAGUUUAAUUUAAAUGUAUUAUUGUUUUUACUUUCCUCUUAUGGCUGGUUAUAAAUGGGAAAACAAGCAAAAGAGAGACCAUAUGCUUCCAUGCUCCCAUGACACUGGAUUUCAUAUGCAUAUCUAUUAUUAGACCAGCACAAUC